CGCAUGCGCACCUCACUGCACAUCGGAACAUGACAAAACGGCAGACACUUAACCACAUAACAUGCAGAGCUUUUGCAUGAGUCCAGUCUGACAGCAGCAGUGCGUGGGUGUGUUCAUGUACGCGUGUCGCAUAUCUCCUACCAGAAGGACCGCUGGAGAUGAUGGAGGACUGUUUGGGCUUUCAGGCGCAAAUCGCCUCGGUUAUAGAGAUACUGGCCAAUUCGGCAGUGGUGGAAAUCUGCAAACUGGUGGAUGCUGGUUAUGCGGCUCUGCGCUCUCAGAUGGAUCUGGAGCUCGAAAAGAGCCAAAAAGAGAACGAUGCCCUGCGGCAGAGGCUACAAGAAAUGGACGUGAAGAUGAGAAGCUGCGAGAAGAGGCUGAGGAGGAGCCGUCAGCGGGAGGAAAUGUACGCCGUGCAUUUAAAACCACCUGAAGUUUCCGGCCACCAUCAGCCUCUGGUGACACUUCAUCCUGCGGCUUCUGAAGUUGUAACAUUUCAUCAUGUUUCACAGCAAGAAGAAACUAAACUGCUGGUGGAGAAGCAGGAGAAAAGGGAGGGAGAGAGCUGCAGCCUGGAUGUUAAGGUGGAGGUUAACAUCAGCACUGACUGUGGUGGCCUCUCUUCUGACCAGGAUCCAAGUGAGGAAACUCCUCCUGCUGAUAUCACGAUUGACGCCAGUCCCAGCACCUUACUGUCCUCACAGUCUUCUCCCUCUCCCACUGAUGCCACAAUAGACCUGACCUUCAGGCCUCGAGCAAAGCGAAAGUCCAUGAAACCUUUGUGUAACAGUUUUACCGCCAGCAGUGUUCAAAGCCCUGGGACUGUUUGUGAGGAGUUUACUGAGUGCCUACCAGGCAGUGAUCUGAAGCCAAACAUACUGACAAGUGAAACUACAGAUGACAGUUUUCAUCCUUCCAAUCUGGCUGCUGCUGUGAAAUCAGAAGAACCCAGCUCUGACCUUAACCUGGACCUGGAUUUGGCCUGGAUGCAGGAGCGUGUCAGCCAUCUUGGUGCAGCAUAUGCAGUUGCACAGCUGGGUUUGGUGAACACAAACACUGGACAUGCUUCUUCUUCCUUUUCUUCACAGGAAGAAGGAGACGCUACAGACACACCCUUGACCGCCACAGGUGGCCCUCAUGAAGUGGCUGCUUUUGCCUCCUCCUUUGACAUGGCUGCUGUAGCUGCUGCUGUCAUAGCUGCUCCACAUCCUCCUCCACCCUCUCAUUGUGCAGGUUCUCCUGUAAGGACACCUAGCCAGAGGCGGCCUCCAAGGAACGGCGCAGCGUUUGCUAAAGAGCUGCUGGGGUGCACAGUUUGUCGGCUUGUCUUCCCAAAUGCUGCAGCCCUGGAGCAGCACCAACAGGUGCACACAGGUGAGAGACCUUACAGCUGCCCCCACUGUGGAAAAGGAUUUGCCCAGCCUAACAACCUGAGGGUUCACCUUCUUGUCCACACCGGUGAAAGACGCUAUCACUGUACUUUGUGUGGAAAAAGCUUCAUCUCCUCAAGUCACCUAAAGAGGCACCGCACAGUCCACACGCAAGAAAAGCCCUACAGUUGCUCCCGCUGUGGACAGUCCUUCAGCCAAAUGUGUAGCGUUCGGAGACACCGUCAACAGUCUCAGUGUGGCAUGUAGACGGACUGCACCUGGUGUUUGAUCUUGGCUUAAGUCAGACUCUACAUGGUUACAGUCCUGUAUGUAUCUUUAAUGAUCUUCUCCUAGAAGAACAGAUUUUACUCUGCUAUAUCAUGACACUUGGGUUUGUUGUUUUCAAAAGUGUAGUCAAAGCUGUCCUGAGGCAAAUUAUUCUAGUCUAUAAAACCUCUUCCUACACAUACUUUUACAAAGUAGAGAGAUGACUGUCUUUUUUGGUAUUUAGUAGGUCCCUUACUGGGGGACAUUCACAAACUAUAUAAAUGGCAAUUCACAAUAAAAACAUGUCAAAGUCUCCAAA